AUGUCUGUUCCAAGCCAACACCGUUCUGUUAUUAUUAACCCUCCUCCACCAGAAUACAUAAAUAAAAACAAUAGUGGUUGUCAAACAAACCAACUUCAGUACUUACAGAGGGUGGUCAUGAAAGCCAUGUGGAAACACAACUUUUCCUGGCCGUUUCAUGAGCCUGUUGAUGCAGCAGCGCUGAAUCUUCCUGAUUAUUACAGUAUCAUAAAGAAACCUAUGGACUUGAGCACCAUUAAAAAGCGUCUGGAACACAAUUACUACACAAAAGCUGCAGAAUGCAUUGAAGACUUUAAAACUAUGUUCUCGAACUGUUACAUAUAUAACAAGCCAAGUGAUGACAUUGUGUUUAUGGCCCAAGAACUAGAAAAAGUGUUUAUGCAGAAAAUAUCCCAAAUGCCACCAGAAGAAACAGUAGUGAUUCCCAACAAAGGAAAGAGAAAACUAAAGAAGCCAGAGGAACCAGAGCAGCCCAAGCCUGGGACUUCGAAUGAACAAAGCAAAAUGCAGAAACAUGUUGCAAGCAGUGAGCAGCCUCCUGUGAUGACUCAAGAGCUACAGCAGGUUACACUAGCUCCUUUGUCUGCAGCUCAGCUGACUGCUUUAAUGCCAGCUGCAGUCCCUAUAACAAAAGCAAAAAAUGGUGUGAAAAGGAAGGCUGACACUACAACUCCUACUACGUCAAUAUUCACAGCAAGUGGUGAAUCUUCUGCAACAUGUAAUGAAAGAAAAGCUGCUAAAGCACACAGAGGUGAAAAUGAAUGUGUGAUACCAAAUAAGCUUCUGAAGAGAUACUUGCCAGAUUCUCAACCAUCACCUAAAGUUCUUAAAAAGAUUCAUUUGUCAGAACAACUAAAACAUUGUAAUGAAAUACUUAAAGAAAUGUUUUCAAAGAAACAUGAAGCAUAUGCAUGGCCUUUCUUAAAACCGAUAGAUGUUGCAUCCUUCUCACUUGGUGAGAACCAAGGGAUCACCAAAUGUCCAACAGACCUGGGAACCAUUAAAAAGAAAAUGGAUAACUCUGAAUAUAGUGAUAUACAAGAAUUUGCUACAGAUGUUAGAUUAAUGUUCAUGAGCUGCUACAAACAUAAUUCUCCAGACCAUGCAAUAGUUGCUAUGGCAAGAAAAUUUCAGGAUGUUUUUGAGAAGCACUUUGCCAAAAUUCCUGAUGAACCUGUUGCAAGUGUUCCUCUUCCACAACCUACAAGAGAAAUGACAGAAACUUAUUCCAGUGAGAGCAGUAAGGAUGAUUCUUCAGAAGGAAAAUCAUCUGAGGACUCUGAGCAGGAGAGAACAGUGCACCUUGUAAAGCUUCAGGAGCAAAUUAAAGCUGUUCACCAGCAGUUGCGGUCUUUGACCAAAGCAUACUUCCCUAGACUGAAAAAUAAAGAGAAGGCUAAAAGGGAGAAAAGUAAGAACAAGGAAGAAGUUAAAAUCAAGAGCCUGAUUCAAAAGAAGAAAAAACUAAAACAUAAGAAGCAAUCUAAGAAAAAGAUGUCUUUAAACAUUCAAUCAAAGACAACCAUGCAGCAGGUCUUGUUGGCACAGAAGUCAGAAGAUGAAGAUGGUGCCAAGCCUAUGAAUUAUGAUGAAAAACGACAGUUGAGUUUGGACAUAAAUAAACUUCCUGGAGAUAAGCUUGGAAAAGUAGUCCAUAUAAUACAGGAAAGAGAACAUUCACUGAGGAACUCUAACCCUGAUGAGAUAGAAAUAGACUUUGAAACUUUAAAGGAUUCAACACUCAGAGAGCUAGAGAAAUAUGUGGCAACCUGUUUGAGGAAGAGACCAAGAAAGCAGCAGGCUAAAAAACCAACCAAGUUAAAAGAACAACUUAAUUCUGAGAGGAAACAAGAGCUGGAGAAGAGACUACUGGAUGUCAGUGGUCAACUAAACCCAAAGGAGGAGAACUUGAAGUUUGAAAACAAUGCUGAGUCCAGUAUUGGACCAAGCAGACUGAGUGACAGCAGCAGCUCCUCGGACUCUGGCAGCAGCACUAGCAGUGGUUCUAGCUCUUCAGAUAGCAGCGACUCUGAAUCAGAAACCUGCUCAGAACAAUCUGGAGCCAGGCAGAACUAUCCAAAGUCUAUGGAAAAGCCUAAGAGAAUACCACGGUGUUUACAGAGGACAUCCUGCAAUGCUGUUCUGCAAGAACAGCCCUCAUCUCUUAUUAGUAGCUUGCAAAAUCAUGGAUCAUCUGAACUCCAACAGUCACCUCCCAAUGUACUGCAGAGGCUUCAGCCUUUACAGAAUAGAUCACUUAAACCAUCAGAACAAAAUGCCCAGUAUCUCUCAGGUAUAAUAUCAGCUGUAUCUGCUCUGCAUGAUGCUCCAGACCAGCAAACAAUUCAGUGUAUUCCAAGGACAAAUAAGUCUUCUGUCACCCAGUGCACACAUGCUCUUCUAGAGGUAUCUGACACAACUUCGCAGGUUGACGGUGUUGAUUGGAGUAAGCAAGCUGAGAAAACAAUACACCUAGACAAAUCAAAUAAACCUCAAAACAAGGCCACUGAGAGAACUGCUGAUUCAAUAUCCAUAAAUCAAGAACAAAGUCACUGUACACCUAAUGAUAAACCUAAUGGUAAAAACAUGCUAGAGCCAAAAUCCAAAAUUCUUUCAAGAAAGGAUACAGGAUUUAAGAAUACAGAUUCCUGGGUAAGCUUAUGUAAAACCAUGAUGCUCCCAGCUCCGAUAAAAACAUCUGCUGAGAGCUUCAAUCAGUUCAGGAAAGCAGCAUUAAAGAAGAGAAGUGGGCAAGCACAGGAGUUGAAAAGGCUUGCACCAGAGGCCAAGAGGGAACUGCAAAACCUUUCUCAAGAAAAAGAGAGGGGACAUGAAGGCACAGUAUUGAAUGCCAUGGCAAAGACAGACUGUGAGCCCCAAAAAGAAGAGCAUAAGAGCAAACAACUGCCUGAUGUUCAACAACAUACUCUCGUUCAAGACCGUAACUUGGCUAGAAAAAUGGAACAAGAACGCAGGAGGAGAGAAGUAAUGGCUUGUUUAAUUGAUAUGAAUCUGCAGAGAGAGAUUAUGGCAUCUUUUGAAGAAUAUCUUGAAAGCUGAUGUUAAUGUCAAUGCUACUACAAUCUGUACAACGUUGAAAAUGUACUAGUUACAAACUUAAAUGUUAAGACCACUUUAAAAAGUAUGUAAGCUCCUCUAAAAUGCUUGAUAGAUAAAGCUUGUUCAUUAACACUUGAAGCAUCACAAGAUUUUUCUGCUGCUUUAUAAUAUGUGUAAUCCAGUAUGCUACACAGUGGAACGUAGUUGUUCUUUAGAUUAGUUUCAUAUGUUAUGUAUAUAAAUAAGAAAAUAUCAUAUUCUAGACUUUUUUCUCAUUUUUUUUAAAAAACUUUUUUUUCAGAAACACUUGAGGAUCUGUUAUACUGAGUAGAGCCAAAUUCUUGCUGGACUGUAUUAAGUCACAGCAUACUAAAUAUGCACCUAUAGAAACUACUUUAAGGUCUCAUCAAUUAUGUGAUUGCUAUUAAGACCAUUACUUUACUAUGACACACUUGCACAGCAUCUGGGCUGUGACAAAAGACCUCAAUAACAGUGAUAAUUUCUAAAGGGUGUGCAACAGUAUUUGUAAUAGUGAAAAAACAUUUCCUGGAACUGUAAUUUCAGCAGCAAAUCCUGUAUACUUGCAUGUUGUAAGGCCCAGACAUGUUGAUCUUCUGUUUAUUUUAUGUUAACAUAACGUUUCAGUAAGGAUGUAAGCAUGUUUGCCAGAUAGUUCUGGUUCCUCACAGAAAGAAAUUACCUAAAACAUCCCACUUCUGGCUCCAGUUUGAAAGGCUUUCUGAUUAAUGCAAGAUUUUUUUAAUGUUGGAAUACUUAUCUGAAGUAGCAACUAGAGUGUAAAAACCCUGUGUUAUUGUUGAUUACAUAUAGCUAUCUCAAAAUAAGUACAGGACUAAUCAAAAAUUAUUUUAUAGAAUUAAUACCAACACACAAUGUGUAUUACAUAAAUGUUGGGUGGAAGGGGCCCCCUUGAGAUCGCCUAGUUCAGUGGUCUCCAAAACUUUUUCAUCACAUAACCCAUCAUUUAAAAAAUU